AUGCAUUUCCACCGAGGUAAUAGCUUCCAAACCCUUAUUUCCCAAAUUUCAUUAUUUCCACUGUAUAAUAUUCCUUGGCCGCCGUUUCCACUGUACGCUCACGCUCACGACCCAACCACCGCCGUUUCACUCCUUUCCACUGUACGCUCAUGCUCACGAUCCAACCACUUCCGUUUCCCAGCCACCAUCAUCGACCGCCGUUUCCGAAGGUUUUCGACCGUCGUUUCGACCGCCGUUUCCGAAGGUUUUCGACCGCCGUUUCCGAAGGUACACAUGAGUGUUCCUAAUGUUGGACAAUUUAUUGAUUUGCUAAUUUCUGUUCCAGCUGAGGGACACAAUAAUUCCUUUGCUUAUGUAAUGUCAGAAUGGGCUAAGCAACAAGGUGAGAUACAGGGGGCCUAUCAAAUAAAAGUUACUACAAGUGCCCUGGCCUUGUUGCUAAAUAGCAGACACAAUGAACUGGAAAAAAUUCAAGUUCAAGGUCAUCUGAUUAAGUCUGGCACAGGAAUAACCACAAGAUCAAAAGCUAAAUCAGCUCCAAAUCAGUGGGUAAUGUUGCCACUUCCUACAAAGGAACAAAAACGGAAACUUGAAACGCAGCAGGUUCAAACCGUGGAAAAUUGCUUAUCUCGAAAAGGAAAAGUGUCAAAACGUGCUUAUUUCGGAAAUGAUUCUCAAACUCAAAUAUCGGCACAGGCAACAAAGAGAGCAAUGGGAGCUAGGGUUAAUACAACCAACUUCAAGAGAGAAAGUAUUUUUUCACUCUCAAAUGGAAAAGCAACAAAGAGGGCAUAUGUCAACUACUGUCUUGGUAGAAAAUUAUGA